AUGACCAUAAAGCAGCAUAGACCAGAAUUAACUGGAGCACCCAAUAUUUUUGUUACCACUAAGAGAUUAUCUCCUGGCAAGCAGCGAGUUACUAUUGAGUGGAAGUAUAUCAAACAUGACUAUGUGGAUGGAUACUUGGUAACAAUUCAGAGACUGCCAAGUGGCUGCAAUUACAAUAUCACCUUAACGACAACAAACACAUCGUUACACAUCGAUCUUUCUGUGGCUUUCUUCAAUGUCUUCCUAAGUGCUUACAAUAAAGCAGGGAGCUCCGCCUUAGUCAGCUCUGUGGUCCAUCCUUUAUCUAUGGCAGAUUUCCCUGGACAGAUAUUUGCUACACAUACAAACAGCACCAUUUUCCUGACAUGGAGACCAUUAUUCCAAUGCGACUUUGUUGUAAUCAAUUGGGGCACUAGCUACUUAGCAAUGGAGUCAAAAACAGUGAUGGACAGAAUUGCCAACUAUUCAAUCCCAGGACCAUUUCACAGGAUGGAGCGUUACAGGAUAAUGUUAUACAUCUAUGACUCGUGUCAAUGUCAGGAUUCCAGAAAGGAAACAACCUUUGGCAUCACCUCUAUUUAUCCAGAAGAAGGAGUUCCUAGGACAGGUCCAAGUAAUAUCACUGUAAGAAAUGUGACCAAGACUUCCGCAGUUAUGGAGUGGGGAAAUAUUCCUGAAGAGGACUGUCUGGGUUUCUUAUUGGGCUACAGGAUAUAUUGCACAGAUAUCUCAAGAAACACCACUCUAGAAAUGUUUGUGGAUUUCUCCAGUGAAAGAAGCCAUAUGUUAUUGGGACUUACAAGCGGCAGUGUGUAUAAAGUGGCAGUGUCGGGAGUGACAAGUAAAGGGACAGGAGCGCCCAGUGCUUCUCUUCAAUUCACAACACUCAGCUAUGCUGAAGCUGAAUUUCAAAGUAUUAUAAUAUCUACAUGUGGCGGAAUAAUUGUUACUGCUGUAUUAGUUAGCGUCUGUGUGUAUGCAAUCCACAGAAAAAAGAAGAAUCUGUAUUUUCCAAAAAUACCCAAUCCAAAGCACAGCAACGUCAUGAGAGCCGACGAAGAAGCACCAACAAAGGUUAAACUUCUAGAGCUCUUACAGUCUCAUGAAAGUAGCUGUGACAGCGCUGGAGUGGAGGUUAUUGAGCAGAUUCCUAUAGUCACGUUGCCACAAGAGUCCUGUAUGCAGGUGAGGGAGACCUGUACCAUGAAGAACACACCUCAAACCAAGAAAACUCCAGCACAAGCCCCAAAUGCAAAAGAUUACACCAGCAUGAUGUCAAUGAUCAACGCCCUGAAAAAGAUGCCUCAAACUAAAUGUGACCAAUAAUAACUAUCUUUUUUUAAUGGCAGCUUACCAACUUCUCAUAUCUCUGAAAUAUUGGAGAAGGUGCUCACCUAGCAUCAACAUUCCCUGAAAUGAAGCAGCUAAAUAAUGAGAACACAUAGGACACUGGCUUAUUAAUAUAAAGAAAGAAAAAAAAAAAGUACAGGUCAAGCAAAUAUAAAAACACAAAGAAAACCUGAGGGCGCACAGUAGAUCCCAAUGUUGAGAAUAUUAAAAGUUCAUGUGUCCAUAUGUG